GGUAGAACAAACAUGCUUUUGCACUUUGGAGUGCUGGCUCAGGUUACUUAGCCUCUGACCGAAGCGUGGAAUAAAUUUGCUCUCCGCAGUCAUGGCUGUAUUCUCUGUUCUUUUCAUCGUUUGGGUUUUGCUACAGCAAAAGCUGAAGAUCUCUGCAGGGCCAGUGUUCCUGGAUGAGUGGGAGGCAGAUAUUGUUUUGCAGAGGUACAGGCGUGCAAACACAGGUGCCUUUGAAGAGUUUUUUAAGGGGAAUUUGGAAAGAGAGUGCUUCGAGGAGAGGUGCAACGUGGAGGAGGCCAGAGAAGUCUUCGAAAAUGAUGAGAAAACAAUGGAGUUUUGGUCAAGUUAUGAUUACGUGAAUCAGUGUAAAGCAGCACCGUGUAAAAACCAAGGCACAUGUGAGUACCAAAAGAGUACGUACAUAUGUCACUGCCAACCAGGUUUCACUGGACACAACUGUGAAAUAGUGACUGCCCGGCACUGUGAUGUUAACAACGGAGGUUGCAUGCACUUCUGUUCCACACUGGAGACUCAAGGUGCAGCGUGUUCUUGUGCUACUGGGUACAAACUAGUGGAGGAGGUCAAAUGUGUGCCUGAAGUGAAGUUCCCCUGUGGUGUAAGAAAAAAGAGCACAAGGAUCUAUGUGAGGUCUUUACGCUCCACUUUGACUAACAGAACAGAACCUGACAGAAGUGUAUACCCAAGUGUUCUCAUCACCAACCAAACCGUAAGCCACAAGAAGGGCAAAAUCACACCUUCUCGUACCAAACUACCCACGUGGUUCUAUAACAACACAGAGUCAGUCAACAAUAGGACUCGCAUCAUUGGUGGAGACUCAGCAUCGCCUGGAGACAUUCCCUGGCAGGUGGCGUUGGUGCUGCGCUCCACGCAGCAGGUGUUCUGUGGAGGUUCUAUUCUAAGCGAGCGGUGGGUCAUAACUGCAGCACACUGUAUACAAGAGAGCAAGCAGACAGCGUUCUUCAUCAGAGUAGGUGAGCACAAUGUCAACAAGAAAGAAGGCACAGAGCAGGACCUAGAGGUGGAGAAGGCUAUAAUGCACCCUCGCUAUGACCCAUCAACCAGCCUAUACAACCAUGACAUUGCUCUUGUGCGCCUACGCAACUCCAUCCUCUUCACUGACCAUGUGCGGUCCAUCUGCCUAGGGCCCAGCAGCUUAAGCGAGACCCUGCUUCAAUCUGGCACACUGGCCACUAUUAGUGGUUGGGGCCGGCUGCUCUUUGAUGGGCGAACUGCAGAGACGCUUCAGAUAGCUGAAGUGCCAUACGUGGAUAGAAGCGAUUGUAAGGAGAGCAGCAGUGAGCGGAUCACACACUACAUGUUCUGUGCUGGCUAUCAGGACGCAUCAAAGGACGCAUGUCAGGGGGACAGUGGGGGACCCCAUGCCAACCAGCAUCAAGGAACUUGGUUCCUUACAGGCAUUGUUAGCUGGGGGGAGGAAUGUGCCAAGAAGGGAAAGUAUGGUGUAUACACACGGGUAGGCAACUACUAUAAAUGGAUACAGUAUGUGAUGGGGAUCACAAAAAAGAAGCCAUCGAAUGAUGUUGAGUUUUAAUUUGAAGAGUUUUGUCUCUCGGGACUGAUUAUUAUUAUUAUUAUUUCAAGAUACUAUUGAGCACCAGUGUUGGGUAAGUUACUCAAAAAAAAAGUAAUCCAGUACAGAUUACUAAUUACUACUUUAAAAUUGUAAUCGGAUUACAUUACUGAUUACUGCCUGCAUGUAAAAAAUAAUCAGAUUACUAAUUACUUUACUUUCAGAACCUAUCAAACCUUCAAAAAUACACUAUAAAGUGAAACUCAUAGUUCUUUCAGUAAUUUUAGCGUGUGUCAAUGUAUGACAUGAUCAGAAAAAAGUUGGAUUUAUCAUAAAACUUGCCUCGGGCGUUGUCACUGUUUGUAGGACUACCAGACCGAUAAAAUAUAAAACUUUUCUGACUAGGUUAGUUUGGUGUCACUAGCCAAGGGGAGACACAGCAAAUCUAUAAUUGUAUGGGUUUAGCUGCUACAGUGCCAUGCAAAGUACAUUAUCUUUCCUUAUGCUCGGCUCAUAUGAUGUUCACGUAAACUGGAAUUCGUAUAGACAUUUACACACCUUGUUUUCCUGCUCAGCAUCAGAGAAUGUUACUGUUUCAACCCAUGAAAAAAAAAAAAAAAAAAAAAAAAACUGCAUAUAUCUAUUUUUCCUCACACUGACAGUGUGAGCGAGCGUUUGGCAGAAUUGAGACUGUCAGCCAAUAAUACAAGUAUUUCCAUGUAUUUUCCUGUAAACCAUGUCUGAUUGGUCUAUCCUCUGUUCACUGAAGAUAUAAAAUUUGAUACUUUUGUAACGUAAUUUUAUUGACAUCAGUAAUUGUAAUCAAAUUACGUCAAUUUAAAAUGUAAUGCGUUACAUUACUGCGUUAUGAGAAAAAGUCAUUAGAAUACAGUAAAGCGAUUCUUUGUAGUGCGUUAUACCCAACUCUGUCGAGAUGUAAUUUCAAGAUGUUGGUCCAUGAGAGGUAAUUAUUGUUUGAGCAUCUAGCUCAAUAUAGCUCUUAAGUGUUUCUUUUGAUGCUUUUGUUGACUGUUUCAAAGAGACAAACACAAGUACAUUUCUAUGUAAUGCAUCUAUCAUCUUUAGAUCUAAAUGUUGAAUAGACCAUAGACUGAAAAGUACAGUUCAUGUUAUGCUUCUUAAAGGAGUUUUGUUGGAGUUGUUGACAACUUCUAAAUAUGAAUGGUUUAUUAAAUUAAUUGCAGUUUUAGGACUACUGCCAGCAUUUGUGACAAUAUUUAAUAAAGGGGGGGGGGGGGGG